CUUGUUUGCUGCUGGCAUUGCGUGGGAGUGCUGGAGCCGCCAUGGUCUCAGAUGAAGAUGAAGUGAACCUUCUCGUCAUCGUAGUUGAUACCAACCCCAUCUGGUGGGGAAAGCAAGCAUUAAAAGGAUCUCAGACACUGACAGCCAGCGGAGGCCUGGCCAGAGUGGGUGGUGAGGGCGCAGGAGGCGCUGCCGGGGCUGACCUCGAUGGCCUUUUGCAGGUGAUUAAGGCUGCAGAAGACAGCGCGCUGCAGUACAUGAACUUCAUGAACGUCAUUUUCGCGGCUCAGAAGCAGAAUAUUCUGAUCGAUGCCUGCGUUUUGGACUCGGAUUCAGGACUCCUCCAACAGGUAUGAGGCUACCUCCUUUUAGCAGGUGUGGAAGUAAACCUGCCUUGCCCCUUCCCACAGUGGGUUUUCCUUCCGGAUCAAGACCAGCGCUCUCAGUUGAUCCUCCCACCCCCGAUUCAUGUGGACUACCGGGCAGCCUGCUUCUGCCACCGCACCCUCAUUGAGAUCGGCUAUGUGUGCUCCGUGUGCCUGUCCAUCUUCUGCAACUUCAGCCCCAUCUGCACCACGUGCGAGACGGCCUUCAAGAUCUCUCUGCCGCCCGUGCUGAAGGCCAAAAAGAAGAAGCUCAAGGUGUCGGCCUGAGGAGAAAGCCAUCUCCCUACCUCUCUGCACCCAGGGGUUGGAAUUUUGGGGCGGGCCCUUUGUUGGGAAGGAUCUGGAAAAUUACGCUCCUCCCCCUGCACCCCCCCCCCUCGGGUCUUUGUGAACUCUCUUCUGGCUGGUGUUUGUUCUGGAAGGGGAGCAAGAACAAAUGUGUAAGUCGUUGGUGAAAGGAAUGAUCGUUCAUCAGAGUUGGCGGUUAGGAUGGAUUGCAGGCUGGGAGCAGAUAGGCCAAGUCCAGAGCCUUGCUGUGAUAUGUACACUGUGUGACAUUUGAACCCUGUUUGUGGGGGAAUGGACACACGGUCUCUUAUGGACUCAUGUCAUUCAUGGAAGUGACACUUCAACAGUUAACCUCAGCAGCUGUCAUGUCAGUAAAAGCCUUCCUGUCUCA